AUGGAACCCUUAUUGGUACCAACGCAAACAAAGAAUGCAGCAGCAUUCAUUGUCUUCCUGUUUCCUGCUCUCAGGGGCUGGGUCGGCAUUGCGCGCGGCUGGUGGACUGGCGACUGGGGAUGGGUGGGAAUCGGCCGAUGGACAGGCGAUUGGGGGUGGGUUGGCAUUGGACGCUGGACCGGCGAUUGGGGCUGGGUCGGCAUCGGCAGGAAUAGCGUUCUCUUUCGCCGCCAGAACAUCACGGACGAUGCAGAACAGGAGGACAGCAAGCAGAAGGAGAUAGCGAAGGAUCGCCUGACAGCCGAUAGCGGGAUGGGGCGCUUCUCCGUGAGCGACUCCAUGAUGGAGUACUCGCCCACCGCCAGUACUUGGAUGGACCUGAUCGACAAGGUCAUCCCUGUGGGAUACUUCAGGUGAGCCGACAGGAGGCACAUAGAGCAAUCGAUGUGCAUCGUUUAGCAACGGUCAUAUGUGUCAGCCACAACAACACCUUCUAUCCGUGGGGCGUCUACAAGGGGCCUGAUGGCAACUGGCAGCCGUGGGGCUUCUUGCGCUCUUCCGAGGGGAACCUGAGGCCUUGGGGCUUCGACUACCAGAACCUGACGAAGCCCUCGGAAGACAACUACGGAGGCACUCGCUUCUGGUCUGUGCACGACGGAGAGGUAGAGCCUAUCGGUCUGUUCAAGUAAGCAACGACAAUGCAUAUAGAGAGAGAGGGAUACUUCUGUCGAACGUCAUGUGUGCCCGCUGCUGUUCUCAGGUCGUCCAAUUGGCAUCCCAAUUUCCACGACUGCGCCAUCGGUAAAUUCCCGCAUUCUGUCCAUCUCUCCAGCUUCGACCUCAGUCUGUUCGAGACAGCCGAGUGGCGAGACAAGUGGGCAGACCUCACUAAUCAUCGCCAUACGCAACGCUGACACCUUCGUGUUUUGUUCUCGCCAGCCAUAUCACGCCGAGGGACAUCGGAAUGACCAGCGAGACUACAUGGGAGAGCCUCAAGGGGUAGGACGCCCUGCAGCAGUGGAACCUGGCCUUCCUCUCCUCACACGACGCGAAGCUUCUCAAUAACUCCCACCCUGAUGCAUUCUGGAAACGACUUUCGCGAGCAUCGUCCAGACAAAAAGGCGGCGCUGGCAGCUGGUUGCUCGCGGAUGGCAGCUGUUUGGUUCGCCAAUCAGGAAGGUGGGGCUAUACCGAGGAACAGCGGAGGGAGCUGCUGCUGCAGUCCAUCAAGGUCGACGAAGAGCAGAAGUUGCUCGCCAUCACAUUCGACACGGUAGGGAGAAUUUAAGCCUGUGUGUCGAUCAAUGUGUCCACGCCCUUCCGUCUCGAUCUGAUUUGCAGUCGAGUGCAUCGCUGUUCCGUCAGCUGAACGCCACGAGAGGCCGUGCUCUCUUCAAUGAGUUAGUCGACAUGGGCUUUUUCGCCACCUCGAGCAAUACUGACAAGCAAACAGCCUUAGAUCCUGUGUUCCUCGACCUCGACCUCUUCAGCAUCGAGCAGGACAUCGUCAACACAGAGCUCUUCACGUAUGUGCCACGAGACACAGCCACAUGCCAUGCCAGUGGGCAUCCAUCCAUGGUCUGUCGUGUCUCUCUCUCUCUUAUCACAGCGCUAAUAUCUCUCUGAUAAUGAGCCUUGGUCUAUUCCGUCUGAGCAACGAGACCGGCACAACUCCCUGGCUGCCCAUGCCACUGCCUCUCAUCUUGACCGCCGACGACCUUGCCAGACUCUCAACCGCACAUGAGGGCAUCGAGGCCGACAUACAAUAUUCGCUCGAUCGGAACCAGACCAUCGUCGAGCCGGAGGAAGAGAAGUGAGACACCAACACUUAGACAAACGAGUCACUCAUUGAACACUGAGACAAAGGAGUCACUCAUUGAUCACAUUGCCUCGUCGCUUUGCUCGUCUUCAGGCCCACAGCCGACAGCACAGCCGUGGCCGAGCAGAAGAAGCGAGUGGCCAGAAAAAGGGCCAAGACGAAGAAACCUGACAGCUGGAGUGCCACAGCGAUGCAGCAGCGGAGCAUCCCCCGCCUGUUGGUUGUCUACCACAACGAAAGCGCAGCAGAGGAGGGCCGCAGACGGCUUGCAAGGAAGAACAAGGGCAAGAGAGACAAACUCAAGAGACGUGAGGAAAGGAUACCUGCCAACCUGCCAUUCACACAUUGACCUGCCUGCCCUCUCUCCUUCGUGUCUGCAGUGAUCCGACGGCACAGGAAGCUGAAGCGGACUCAUGUCGACAUCAUCGAUCUGACCGUCCCCAGUGCGACCGUCAAGAAGGAGCCCCCACCAGGCGCGUCCAGAGUCCAGAAGACAGAAGAGGACGCCCCAGUCGACAUCGAUAUGGAGGCCAUGCAGGACAUCCAGAGCGCCAUGGACGAGAUAUGUCGCGGCAAGAGGGUCGCGGUCUGUGAGGAGGACCAGGUCGUGACGGUCAUGGGCACGUUGCCCAACGACCCUCAAUUGGGCGAGCAGUGGGGGCUGGCCUCGAGUGGGGUCUUCGAGGGUUGGAAGAUCACAACAGGCACAUCGGAUAGGCUACCGAAAGGUACAAUCAGCAACGAUUUAUGAAGGUGUGCGUGCUGUAAUGCGACCUUUCUGUCAGGUGCUGUGGUGGCUGUGCUUGACACUGGGAUCGACUACAAUCAUCCCGACCUCAAGGACAAUGUGUGGAUCAACGAAAAGGAGCUCAACGGCAAACCGGGAAAGGAUAAUGACGGUGAGAAAAGACACAGCUUCGUCCGUCUGCACAGGCAAUGAGCCUGUUGGCUUUUGUCUCCUCCAGACAACGGCUAUGUGGAUGACAUCUACGGCUAUGACUUCCGCAACGACGACGGCGACCCCAUGGACGACGCAGGACAUGGCACACACGGUGGGCAAGACAUGAGACAUGACAUUUCACUGCUUGCACUCUCUGAUCCGGCCCCACUUUGUGCAGUGAGUGGUAUCAUCGGUGCGAGGGGGAACAACAACAGGGGCGUCACGGGCGUCGCGUGGAAGGCACAAAUCAUGGCAUUGAAGUUCUUGGCAGCCGACGGAAGCGGUGAGAAAAUUUACAUGGACAAUCAACAUGUUGGUUCUCUUAUUCAUCGAUUGCUCAUUUUCAUUCAGGUCUUUUGUCCGAUGCGAUCGAGGCGCUUGAGUAUGCGGUGAACAACGGCGCCCAAGUGACGAGCAACUCAUGGGGAGGCGUCCGCUUCUCCUCAGCUCUCUACUCGGCCGUCGUGGCCAACAUGAAGGAGAACCUCCUCUUCCUCUGUGCAGCAGGAAAUGUCGGUGUGGACAGCGAUAUUGUUCCUGACUUCCCUGCAACCUUUGGAUUGCCGUCCAUGCUGGCCAUCACAACACACAACGAAGAGGGCAGGCUGCCUCGUUGGGCAUCGUACGGCAAUGACACGAUCCACCUUGCCGCUCCCGGUACCAACGUCCUGUCGACCGUUCCGAGCUUCUUCAAUGACUCGUGAGAAGGAAAAGACACAGCCUGUGGUGGACAUGUGAGUCUUUGUGUGCAUCUGCUUGCCUCUGGCUCAGGUACAUUGCCGCCAAUGGGUCGUCGAUGGCCGUCCCCCAUGUCGCUGGCGCAGUCGCCCUCAUGCUCGCCGCCAACCCUGAUCUCAGCUGGGCCCAGCAGCGGCAAGCGCUGCUCGAAGGGGGCACCGAGAUGCACGAGGACGACGCACAGCUGACCAUCACGGGCAGGCGGCUCAACGUGAGCAGGUCGCUGCAGCUGGCUCAGGGGAUGAAGGUCCUGACGUAUCCAGCCACAUUGAGUGUGCCGGCGAACCAGACGGUCAACCUUACUAUUGGCAUCAACACAUCAUCCGCAGGGCAAUACGGGUACGUACGGACGAGCCGCGCAAACGCAGAUGGAAGAACAACAAUGCCUUCCUGUCUCUUUCAGGGCCACCGUGUCUAUAGCGAGCAACAGCAGCAUCCUCUCCCUCUCCCCCUCUCUUCGCGUCACAGCUCUCAGCAGCCCAUCUAUCGACCCGCCAUUGCCGCAGACAUUCCAUCUUGGCACCAGUGCCCUCCACGUCCCCGGAAACACCAUCCAUCUGCCGCUCACCAACAACGGCUCAGGCGUGCUUGCUGUGGAGGUGGUGUCGAUUGAGGGCGAAGGCGCGAAGGAUUUUGAGGUGCUGCCACCCGCUGGGAUGGUCAUGACAGUGACGGCCGGACAUACCUCGCAUAAUCUCAAGGUGAUUUCGCCUUUCCAGCGAGUCGUGAAUGAAACCUGAAUUACCCUUGUCUCUUGGCUUUUGCAGAUGCGCUGCAUUCCCACGCAGAGCGGCACGCAAUCCGCCACACUGCAUCUGCUCACCAACGAGGCGUCAACUAUCGGCUCUGAUCUCAAGACCGCGAGAAACGUCACCCUCACAUGUGAAGGUGCUACUUACGGCGUGUCGCCACCCAUCAUUCGCCACCGACUCCUUCCUAACGCCGCAAACACACACAAAAUCAGAGUGAGUGAAAGAACCAGGUCAUUCCGUCUUUUCUGAGACACAUUAGUCUGUCCGUGGGUGGCUGCAGAUCAUGAACGGGGACCAGGACAGCCCCCUCCAGUAUCAUGGACAGCUCAUCAUGGACGACGAUACGUCCCUGAUCGCAGACUAUACCGUCACACACGGCGACUUUUUCUGGUUCCCAUCGGUCGAGAGGGACGACACCAACCUGACAUUUGACGGCGCAAGGGAAGCCGUCGUGGCCCUGCCAUUCGCCUUCCCCUUCUACGGCAACACAUAUGAGACCAUCAGGGUCUCUCGCGACGGAGCCAUCAUGCUCGGCACUGACGGAGUGAUCGCUGGCUAUGCCUCCCGUAAGCUGGGCCAUAAGAACGACAAGAAGAGUGCCGUGUACGUCCACAAGUCCCCGCACGACGUGACGAUCGAGUUCAGCCACUUUCGUUUCGCCAGAAAGGGCCGUAUCACGUUCCGUAUCGUCAUUGAGGAAAGUGGCACGAUCCACCUGCUGUUUGACGACAUCCGCAACAUCAGCGAGGUGGCCUUCGAUUCAAGCAGCGACAAGCGCGUCAAGAUGGGCAUCAAGGGCGGCACCACACGCAAAUACCUGACAGUGGCCGAGCAGUAUCCAACGAAGCAUUCGGCGGUGCACUUCAAGCCGAGACGAAACAGCUGGAUCAGCGUCCAGGGCACGCCAUUUGGGUCGAUUCCUCCCAGCAGCCAGACGGAGGUCGAAAUCCACGUGACUCAUGUGGCGAGACAGUUCGAUCCAUCCGAAGGUCCGCGAGACACACCUUCAGGAGCGAAUGCGCAGACUGUCGUGUAUGUCUUCUCAGUGUGCCCGAGGAAUGCCUCCGUGCAGUGCGACAUGGGCGGCAGCGGAGCCUUCUACGUUAAGACCAACGACUCGUCCACCAGAGUGCCGGUCGAGUUCAGUCCAUUGCUGCCGCUCCCUGACCGCAAACAUGACUGCGACGGCCCCAGCCCGCCCGAAGGUGACGAGAAUGACAAUGGAGGCGAAGCGAGCAAGGAGGGCACGAUCAUUCGUGCGUCGCCGCUGCUGCAAUUCGACAGGCAAGAGGGGCGGCUUCUCUGAUAUCUAUGCAGUGUUGAAUUUGUGGUAUGCGUCUUUGACCCGCAGGUAUCCCGGUCGAGCGCUCUCGGGACAUAAUGACUUCCCCGUAUUGCGGGCCCGAAUGCUGUCAAGUGUGCUCGCACCUUUCUUGAACACCCCACGUGCAAGUCGUUUGAUUACGAGCUGCUGACGACCAAGUGCAAGAUGUCCAAGACAACGAAAGACCGCCAUCCAGAUGCCUUCAUCAAACAGAAGCACGGGCAAGCACGGGCAUGCCCACGAAUAUGCUUCUGGACUGGAAGAUACACAUUUGUGUUGUUCCUGCUCAGGUUUGUGGACUACUAUCAACGGAUUCCAGAUGUCCGUCGAUGAACGCGCUCACACCCAGCCCCUCCCGCGAUUCGUGGCCCCGUCACUGUACGUGUUUAUAGUCCUUCGCCUGAUGUCCCGCGCUUUCGUGUCGGCCUUGCUCUGA